AUGCUGCAGAGCCACUGGAUAGGAGAAUUUCACAAGAAUAAUGCACUUAACAAGCUCAGAAGUUGGUUGCAAACGACAACACAUCCAUUGCUGGUCAUCGCUGGUCAUCGCUGGUCAUCGCUGGUCAUUGCUGGUCAUUGCUGGUCAUUGCUGGUCAUUGCUGGUCAUUGCUGGUCAUUGCUGGUCAUUGCUGGUCAUUGCUGGUCAUUGCUGGUCAUUGCUGGUCAUUGCUGGUCAUUGCUGGUCAUUACUGGUCAUUGCUGGUCAUUGCUGGUCAUUGCUGGUCAUUGCUCUUUGCCGGAAAAAAAAUUAAGAAAAAAAACAAAAAAACUCUCCGUCGCUAAGGAAGUCACACCUUCGAUAUGA